CGUGGCCCUCCGAAUGCAAGUAGACACCGGUUCCCCCGUGACAAUCAUCACAUGGCCUACCUACACCAAAUACCGUCACCUUUGGCCUCGGUUCCAGAAGACUACCUUGCAACUGACUUGUUUCCUCGGUCAACUUCCCGUCAAGGGUCAACUCAAUAUCUCGGUGACGUACGGCGGGACCACACUGGACGCUACCUUGGUGGUGCUGGGGUGCUCUGGACCGGAUCUGUGUGGGCGGGACGUCAUCAAAGCCCUCGAACAGCACGGAAGGCAGGUUCUCGCCGUCGGAAUGAAGGCUGCCCCCGAUACGGAGCACCCCGGAACCACUCGCCAAGUUGGAGACUCUGUUUGGUACAGGAACUACGGGACAGGAGUCAGGUGGAAGGAUGGCGUCGUACAGACCCCCGAAGGCCACGGCAUGGUAACCAUCAAGGCCGCAGACGGCGAACAUCAUCGCCGGCAUUAUGACCAGUUGAGAGGAAGAGAAACCGACAGCACGGGACUCGCUGCCGGUGAAGCAGAAGUCAAGCAAGAGCCCGGGGUUGAGGCACCGCAGACGGAAGCUGGCGAAACCGGUGCACCACUGACCUCAAGAGAACCCCAGAGCCCAGGUGCGCCAGACACAGAAAUGACGCCAGCGGCCCGCAAUCUGAUGGCAAUAAAGAGUUCGAUCCUGGCGAAACCAUGUUACGCAGGUCCACCAGAAACCGACGCCCGCCGGAUCGCUACCAGCCUUAAGGGGAAAGAAGGCUGAUGCAUCGUCAUUUGCACAUGUCACUGCCACUGCGCACGUUGUGUGCGCAUACCCUUCAGAGGCUAUAAAAAGCCUCGCUCCCAAUAAACGUGGUUCACUGUUGUA